ACUCAACCCCGCAACAUGGAUAAUAAUCUCUCGACCAGUGAGAGCAGAAUGCUUUGGUGGAGCUUGUUUAUGUGGAGUGCUGGUUUAGGGUUCCGCCCACCGACUUCUCUGAUCGCAGGGCAACAGGCAGAGUGUAAAAUGGCGCACAGCUGUCGGUGGCGGUUCCCCGCUCGGCCCGGAGGGAGCAGCAACUCCGGUACCGGGAGGAGAGCGGGCCGGGUGAGGGUCACUGCAUCCCUCAGGAGUGCCUCGGAGACCCACCAGCCGACCACUGGGCUCGGACCCGGGUUUGAUGCAGCGCUCCAGGUCUCCUCUGUGAUCGGUACCAACCUGCAGACAUUUCGGGAUGUUUUGGGAGAAUCGAGUGACACGAGCAGCGGGGAGGAAGAACCGUUUUGUGGAUUUGGAACAGUCCCUGAGCACACAAGAAUACAGAGCCCUACAGGCACCUCAACAGGUGCGCUCCCGCAGGAGAAGAAGCCCAGAGGUCGCCCCCCACGGUCCCUGACUGCCCAGAAAGCCACAGCAUCUUUGAGCUCCCCCUCGUCCCCCAGCUCCCCGGCGCCGGGGAAGCCGGACCGGGCCCCCGAGCGGUCAGCUGACCGGGUCAAACGGCUCCCCGGGAGGCCCCCGGGAUCCGGGUCGGGGGAGAAGAGGAGAGGCCGCCCCCCGUCCUCCAACAGCCAGAGGGCCUGGCACGCCGGCGGCCAUGCGGCGGCGGGGGAGGACGGCGGGCCGGCGCCGGCCGCGGAGACGCAGGAGGAGAAGGACAGGAAGUCGUCGGCCCGACGAGCGCUGUUGGGCGGCGCCCAUCCGCGGGACCCUGAGACCAAGCUGCCCCCCAAAGUGGCCCGCGGCGAAUCCAAAGUCACCAAGCUCAAGCGGCUGAGGGAAGUGAAGCUGAGCCCGCUCAAGUCGCGCCUCAAAGCGCUACCGGGCGUUCCCCGGCGCCGCCGCGGCCGCCCGCCCUCCGCCGAGCGGCUCAAGGCGGAGGCGGAGGCGGCCCGGCUCUCGGGCGGCGUGCCUCACCCCGGGGCCUUCCACGGCGGCCCGGACCAGCAGGCGGAGGGCUACCCCGAGCACAGAGACUCCUCCCCGCCGCCCUCCAAGCUGGGCAGACCCCUGGGGCUCAGACAAAGCCCCCGGCACGUCAAGCCAGUCAGGAUGGCGUCGUCCAAGCGCACCGACGCCACCAUCGCCAAACAGCUGCUGCAGCGGGCCAAGAAAGGGGCGCAGAAGAAGAAGCUCCUGGAGAAGGAGGCCGUGGCCAUCGGGGGCCCGGGUGCCGGCGCGACGGACGCCGGCAUCAGGAGGCGGAGGAGGACCCAGCUCAAGAACAUCAGGCAGUUCAUCAUGCCCGUGGUGAGCACGGUCUCACUGCGCAUCAUCAAAACCCCAAAGCGCUUCAUCGAAGACGAGGGCAGCUUCGGGACCCCUCCGCACCACAUGAAGAUGGCGCGGCUAGAGACGCCCCCUACGUCCGUCUCCACGCCCCCCCAGCUCACCUCCGCCUCUUCCUCGUCCCCCUCUCCUGUCCUGGUGUCCUCUACAGCCGCCGCCGCCGCCGCUGCUUCUGGUACCGGGCCCGCCGCCCCGGCGGACUCCCUGCCUCCCCCCCCUCCCCCGGCCCCAGACCCCGGCAUCGCGUCCCCCGCCGGCGGCCUGCUCAACAACAGCGCCAACAGCACAGCCAACGGACGCUUCAGCAGCAGCGCGGCCUCCUGCGGUUCCAGUGCCCUGUCGCAGCACUCCUCCCAGCUCUCCUCCGCCGAGUCUUCCAGAUCGAGCAGCCCUAGCCUGGACGACUCCUCCUGCGACUCCCAGGCUUCGGAAGCCACGCAGGCCCCGUCGGAGACGGAUGAGCCCUUCCCAUCCUCCCAGGGCGAGAUGGAGGACAGUUUGCUGCACAGCUCAAGGCCGUCCUCCCCCUCUUCGGAGCGGGAACACGUGGUCGUUGAGCGGGACCGGGGCGUCCGCAGGGCUCAGGGAGUGAGCCGGCCAGGUCUGGGUCCGAGGGGGAGAGGGACGCUGACGACCGGGGCCAAGAAGCCCAUUAUAAGCCCAGCGACGGGGGUGUUGAUGUCCUCCUCCGCCCUCGGUGGCCCUCAGCAAGCGUCCUCCACGGCCUCCUCCUCUUCCUCUCCUCCACCCCCUCCCCUUCUCAUCCCCCCGCAGCCCCCCCAGUCGGCCUCCUCCGCCGCCUCGGCCAUCAGCGACCACCACGCCCAGUCCCCCUGGGUGAUGCCUCACCCCGUCACCCCCUUCCUGCCCGGGCCCUCUGUGCUCUCCAGGUCGCAGGACAAACGCAUCUGCUCCAUCCUGAGGCAGCCCACCUUCCGUUGGACGUCGCAGCCCCGCAACGAGCAGCAGUGCUUCUCCUCCGCCAAGUACGCCAAGGAGGGCCUCAUCCGCAAGCCCGUGUUCGACAACUUUCGCCCGGCACCCCUCACGGCGCAAGACGUGGGGCUGAUGCCCCAAGGGGGGGGCGGGGGAGCCGCCCAGGUGCAGUUCCAGGCGCCGAGCGGCGGCGCCCCGGCGGGAACCCGUCUGUUCACCCCCUUGCACCACCCCGCGUCGCACCAGCACCCGUCCUCGUCCCGCUUCGAAGCCCCGCUCCAGAAGCGCAGCCCGCUGCUGCGCGCCCCGCGCUUCACCCCGAGCGAGGCCCACUCGCGCAUCUUCGAGUCGGUCACGCUGCAGCCCUCCUCCGGGAGCAGCCCCGGCUCCCUCUCCCCUCACCAGUCUUCUCAUAGCUCCGGAAGAGCCUUACGACGCAAGAGGAGGCGGGCCUUGGGCAUGCUCCACGCCCACGCCCGGUCUCCCUCCCAUUCCAUGACCAGGCGCAGCAGCCACAUGGGCCAUGUCCCGCGGGGGAAGGGCUCCUCUGAGCGCUCCGCGUUGUCAUGCUCGGUCCCCAGCAGUAACCCCGGCUCGUUGCCGGGGGCGUCGGCCGGUCCACUAGCCACUAGUGCCUUAACUCCUGCUUUCAGCCCCUUCACCGCUCCGCCUCUGGCCAUCGCCGCACAGGGGGCCAGAGAUGGCAGAAGAGGAGUCACGGAGCAACCGGUCUCUUCGUCCUCCACGUCCUCCUCCGGCACUUCCCAACUCUUCCCCCUCUUCCCCUCCAGUGGCCAGGAGACGGGCCGGGGGGCCGGGAAGGGAGAGAGACGCGAGAGAAGCCUGCCGCCCUCUCAGGAAUCCGCUCCGAAGGAGAAGGAUUUGGACAGGAGCAGAGAAAGGGAGAAGGAGAACAAGAGGGAGGGGAAACGGGAUUGGGGGGAGAAGAAGGGCGGGAAGGUUCCCACCCCCGACGCGUCCCCGAAUGUAGCUUCCAGCCUCUUCAUCGUCGAUGGGAGGGAGACCGACGACGGGGCGUCCCUGGCGCCUAAGAAGGCCCCCGGGAGGAAGAAGUCCACGCUGUCCGAUGUGGCUCCCGAGCCCGCUCCUUCGGAGAGGCCCAUGCUCCCCUCGGCCGCUCCCAAGGGACGCCUGCAUAAGAAGGGCAGACCUUCAGACAGGGAGGCGGAGCCGGCGGAGGAGGAGAAGGAGAUGGAGAAACCAAGUGCCGUAAGCCAGCCGUCAGCAGGCCUUCCCGGGCAGCCGGGUCGCCCACAGCACCCAGCCCCCUCAUUGGUCUCCAUGCUGGCCCAGGCUGAGAAACAACCUGUGACGGACAAGCAGGUGGUGGGCCUGCUAAAGAAGGCCAAGGCCCAGCUCUUCAAGAUAGAGAAGAGCAAGGCGCUCAAGGCUCCGGACCAGCCUAAGAUCCAGAGCCAGGAGAGCGACUCGUCGGAGGCAUCGGUCCGCGGCCCACGCAUCAAGCAUGUCUGUCGUCGGGCCGCCGUGGCCCUGGGUCGCAACCGGGCAGUGUUCCCUGACGACAUGCCCACACUCAGUGCCUUGCCCUGGGAGGAGCGGGAGAAGAUCUUGUCUUCCAUGGGGAACGAUGACAAGUCAUCGGUGGCGGGCUCUGAGGAGGCGGAGCCUCAAUCCCCUCCCCUGAAGCCCAGGGAGACACGGGUGAAGACCCCCCAGGAUGCCCCUCCGAAGAAGGGGCGGAGGUCGCGGCGCUGUGGCCAGUGCUCGGGCUGUCAGGUUCCGGAGGACUGUGGGGUCUGCACCAACUGUCUGGACAAGCCUAAGUUCGGAGGUCGAAACAUUAAAAAGCAAUGCUGCAAGGUGCGGAAAUGUCAGAACUUGCAGUGGAUGCCCUCGAAAAUGUUCAUCCAGAAGCAGGGAAAGAGCAAGAAGGACAAGAAGAAGAACAGGCUGUCGGAGAAGAAGGAAGGCCUUAAUCCCGUCAAGGGCGUGGGCUCGGAGCCCGGGCUCAAGCCUCCACAAGCUGCACACACCAAGGAGGAGCCUCCACGCAGAAAGAGCGAAACUCCUCCCCCGAAGCCAGGCGAGGAGAAGUUGAGACCGCUUCAGUUCUCCCCUGUGGCCACGUCGUCCAGCCCUUCAGAGGAAGCCCCUCCGCCCCCUAGCGCAUCCCAGCCCCAAUCUGUGGCCAUCACCCCCACCCUGUCGCCCGACUCCAAGCAGUCCUCCAAGACCGGCAGUGUCACUAGCCGGAAGGGACACAAACAGCAGCAGUCGCUCUCCUCCUCCUCGUCGUCCUCCUCUUCCUCUUCGACUUCUUCGUCAUCGUCUUCAUCUUCCUCCUCCUCGUCCUCUUCGGCCCGAAACUCUCCCUCCCCGUCGACACAAUCCCAGCAGCAGCAGGAGCUGCAGCAGCCGCCACAGGCCUCAGCCAAUCAGGCGCCUCCAAAGAAAGAUGCCCCGUCCAAAAUUCCGCUGAGUGACUCAAAGAAGCCCCUGCAGCAGCAGCAGCAGCCGUCACAACAGCAGUAUUCAUCUGCUGCAACUACUACAGCCCAUGAGUUGAAACAGCCAAAAAGGUUCACUCCUGUCUCUUUUCCACCACCCUGUAAACAAAGCCCAAAAGACAAGGAGAAGCCGCUGGUCGCUAAACCCCCCAGUAGCAGUACUUUAAACUGGCUGAGCACUCCCUCGACCAGCGGCCAGGCCAAGUCUGUAGCGCCCUUCGACGGAGUGCAUCGCAUCAGAGUGGAUUUCAAGAGGGACCAUGACGUGGAGAAGGUGUGGGAGGCUGGCGGCCUCAGCCUGCUGACUUCUGUGCCUGUCACACCUAGGGUGCUUUGCUUCCUGUGUGCCAGCAGCGGCAAUGUGGAGUUUGUGUUCUGCCAGGUGUGCUGUGAACCCUUCCAUCUCUUUUGCCUGGGGGAGAAAGAGCGUCCCCUGAAGGAGCAGUGGGAGAACUGGUGCUGUCGGCGCUGCCGCUUCUGCCAGGUGUGCGGACGGCAGCCUCACAAGUCCAAGCAGCAGCAGCUGCUGGAGUGCGACGAGUGCCGUAACAGCUAUCACCCCGACUGCCUGGACCCCCGGCACCCCACCAAGCCCACCAAGAAGAAGAGAGUCUGGGUUUGCACCAAGUGUGUGCACUGCAAGAGCUGCGGCGCCACCAAACCAGGGAAGUCCUUCGAUGCCCAGUGGUCGCAUGACUUCUCCAUGUGCCAUGACUGUGCCAAGCUCUUUGCUAAAGGGAACUUCUGUCCACUGUGUGACAAGUGCUACGACGACGACGACUACGACAGCAAGAUGAUGCAGUGCGCCCGCUGCGAGCACUGGGUCCACGCCAAGUGCGAGAACCUCACAGACGAGCUGUACGAGCUGGUGUCCAAGCUGCCGGAGAGCCUGCCGUACACCUGCUCCACCUGCUGCAAGGAGCGCCAGCCGGCGGCGUGGAGGACGGCCCUGGAGGAGGAGCUGCAGGGCAGCGUGCGCCACGUCCUGACCGCGCUGCUCAACUCACGCACGUCCACACACGUGCUGCGCUACAGACAAGCGGCGAAGCCUCCGGAGUUGAACCCGGAGACGGAGGAGAGCCUCCCGUCCCGGCGCUCCCCCGAGGGUCCCGACCCCCCGGUCCUGACCGAGGCGACACCCUCCGUCCCCAGCGACUCCCCUCCGGACCUGGAGUCUGUGGAGAGGAAACUGGACCAGGGCCGCUACAAGUCAGUGCUGGAGUUCAGCGAUGACAUUGUGAGAGUCCUCCAGGCAGCUAUGAACAGUGAUGGCGGACAGCCAGAGAGCCGCAAGGCCAACAGUAUGGUCAAGUCCUUCUUCAUCCAGCAAAUGGAACGAGUCUUCCCAUGGUUUAAAGUCAAGGAGUCCAGCUUCUGGGAAGCACAGAAAGUCUCUGCCAACGGAGGCCUCCUCCCCAACGCUGUGCUGCCUCCGUCCCUGGACCAUAACUACGCCCAGUGGCAGGAGCGAGAGGGCCUCUCCCUCUUCGAGCACCCUCUCCUCAGCAAGAAGAUCAUUCCAGCCCCUCGCCCCAGGACCCCCGGAGAGCCGGACUCCCCCACGUCCACCGCACCACUGCCCCUAUCCCUACCCCCGCCACCUCCGCUUCUCCCCGACCGCGACGAGGGCCCGGAGCGCCCACCCCCCCUGGGCGUCAGCGAUAACCGCCUGUGCAUUCUGUGUCUCAAGUACGGGGACGAAAACACCAAUGAGGGGGGCAGGCUGCUGUACAUCGGGCAGAACGAGUGGACACACGUCAACUGCGCCCUGUGGUCCGCCGAGGUCUUUGAGGACGACGACGGCUCCCUGAAGAACGUCCACAUGGCCGUCCUCCGAGGGAAACACCUGCGCUGUGAGAAGUGUCAGCGGCCAGGAGCCACGGUGGGCUGCUGCCUGACCUCGUGCUCCAGCUAUUACCACUUCAUGUGUGCACGUCAGUGUCACUGUGUCUUCCUGGAGGACAAGAAGGUCUACUGCCCCAGGCACAGGGACCUCAUCAAGGGCGAGGUGGUCUCAGGUUUUGAGGUGACACGCAGGAUCCUUGUGGACUUGGAGGGGAUUAGUCUGAGGAGGAAGUGGCUGGCAGGCCUGGAGCCUGAGAAUGUCCACAUGAUGAUCGGCUCCAUGACCAUCGAGUGCCUGGGGAUACUUACUGAAUUCUCAGACUGCAAGCGCAAGCUCUUCCCCAUUGAGUACCAGUGUUCGAGAGUGUAUUGGAGCACUCUGGAUGCUCGGAAGCGUUGCGUGUAUACCUGUAGGAUCCUCGUAUGUCGCCCCCCGGUGGCAGAGUCUGCGUUCAGAAGCAUGAUGGCUCCUGAGGACAACCGCACUAUAGCUCACAGCCCACCUUCAUCCUCAGACUUUCCAGAUCCAUUUGACUCGCCAAGGCGCUCAGAGGCCCUUUCCCCAACGAACACUCCCAAACUCAGAGUUUAUACCAGGAACAGACACCCCAGCUACCCCCCUUGCCAGCGUUCACCAUGCCCCAAACCCAUGUCCAGUCCAGAUUCUGCUCGGUGCCAAAGCAGAGAGCCCCUACCGAGCUCUGGCGUGCAAAACAUGGGCUCGCGGAGACACAGCACCCCUUCCCUCUCUCCUCCCGCCAACAGACAGAGAGGGGUGACCUCCCCUCCACCACCCCCGUCACGACCCCUCACCUCACCCCCUCCACUCAUACCCUCACCUGCCAGAGACCCAGAGAAGAUCAGAAGCUCCGGUAAGGAUUCCACCUUGAGGGAAGGGGAGAGGACUCGAAUGUACUCCACAGAACGAACCAGACCACCGCCACCACCACCACCAACACCACAAUCACAAUCAUCUUCAAGAGAUCCAGGCGCCAGGGACAUGGACAAGGUCAGAAGCUCAUGCCGGGAACAGACCUCAAAGGACUCUGACAAGUACAGAAUUCCUAGAGACAUGGGCCAGAAUGAUGCUGAUAAGGGAAGGCUGACCUCCAAAGAGCCAGACAAAGGGAGUCCACUAAACAAAGACACUGGGCUGAAGGAGACGGAGAGGGGACGAGUCCUCGGUAGAGAGCCGAGCCUCAGAGACUCUGAGAAGGGAAGAGGGGCCAGCAAAGAUCCCAGCAGUAAAGACGCAGACGAGGACAAGCCCUUUUCCACAGAUCAAAGCUAUAGGGACACUGAAAGAAACAAGUCAAGCAGAGAUUCAGGGCUCAGGGACCCUGACAAGCAUAAACGAUAUGGCAGGGAUACAGAAAGAGUCAAGGACCCAGGCCAGGAGAAAAGCAGACCUUCCAGUCGAGACUCUGAAAGGGGUAGACCGCCCUCAAGAGAUUCCCCCAACUACAGAGGCACAGAGAGAAGCAAAGUACCGGUGAAAGAUGGAAGAAGCAGCAGUCAGUCUAAAAUUGGAGGAGAAAUUAGGGGCGCCAGGCUGACUCCUGCUGGUACAGGCCAGUCCUCUCCUCCAGUUGGGACCGCUGUUCUCACAGGACAACAAAAGGGUUGUAACCUCAAGACUGCAGACAAGCAGGGCAAACCUGUUGGCACAUUUAUCAGCAACAGCAACCAGCCUCGGGACAAGCUCAUGACGGGGAAGGAAACGGGAGUCGGGACCGGGCCUUCCAUACCGACCCCUCUGUACAAUGAUUCUGCUUUGGGAAAAUCUGGCUCCCCACAGCCAGCCCUGCAGAAGGGUGGGACACGGAAGUCACAAGACUACUCUUCAGGGCCUGCCCCCACUGCAGCGAUGAAACCACUGUGGUCUUCUAGGUCACCGGUGGAGGAGGACAUCAGCCAACGUGGCCCCUCCCACAUCGUGGCCCCAGCUUCCAAAGACAAGAACUCAAAAGGUAGAACGUCGGGGAGCAAAGAGGUGUCCCAGGAUCAUGACCGUGAGAAGGCUCUGCCCAUCGGUAACAACAAAGCCUCACCCCUGAAUCAUAAUUCUAAAACUACCACAAGCACUGUAAACAACACGCCCGCACAAACCCCAAGCUCUUGCAACAGCAGUAGCAGCAAAGCUCCAACCCUGGGAAACAGUGCCAAGGUCCAUGGUAAGGUUGAGGAGGAGAUGGAGGGCCAUGGAGUAGACCGAUCCUCAAAGAGCAGGGAGGGCUUCCCUUCUGAUCGUAAGAACAGUCCCACCGUGGAGAGCCUACAACAGCCACAGGCCAGUUUAUCUGCAGAGAGGGGGGUGAAGACCUUUACCCCAUGUUACUCAAAAACGACAGGCAACCAGCUUUCAUUGUCAUCCAGGGACAAAAAAAGACCACCCAAAGCGCCCCAUUCAACCCCACUCAAGACCGACGUCAACACCGACCCUAACGGAACCAGUGCGAGCAGCACCGCCUCCUGCUGCUCCACCACCAACACCACCUCCACCAUCUCUUCCUCGGGCCCGGCCGCCCGCCACUCCCCCCGCUCGGCCGUCUUCUCCUCUGCGUCCGCCAGCAGCAGCGACGGCUCAGAGUCCGACUCCCAGACCCAGCCGGAGGACGGGGAGCGCCGCAAAGAGCUCGCCGACCUCCGCCACCACCAUCACCUCCACCACCACCGUCACCACGGCCUCCUGCCACACGGCCCCGAGGACGAGGGGGACGGGCCGGAGGACGACGACCCGGAGGGCCGGGGCCUCGACGACAAGCACCACGAGGACGACAGUGACGGCUCGGGCUCGGCCAAGCGCCGCUACCCUCGCCGCAGCGCCCGCGCACGCUCAAACAUGUUCUUCGGCCUCACGCCGUUCUACGGCGUCCGCUCGUACGGCGAGGAGGACCUCCCGUUCUACGGCAGCGCAGACGGGGCGGGGCCGGUGGGCGUGGCCAAGAGGAGGAGCGGGGGCAGCCGGAGGUCCGCCGAGGGACAGGUGGACGGGGCGGACGACAGGAGCACCACCUCCUCCUCGGGGGAGAGCGGGGAUGAAGAGGAGGGUAUGAUGAAGCACCGGGACAAGGACGCGUACUACUACAACUUCACCCGGACCAUCAUAAACCCCAGCGGGGGCUUGCCUUCGAUCGAGGGGCUGGACCGCUGUCUGGGAAGGAGCUCCCAGCUGCAGAGGUUCCUGAAGGAUGAGGAGGAACUGCAGGCACAAGACAACUCCGGAGACGACGCACUGAGUCAAAUAAGCUUGAGCAAGCAGCAAAUCGGUCAGCUGGACGGAGUGGACGACGGCUCAGAGAGCGACGCCAGCGCCUGUCCCACCACCACCGUCACAACCACCACCGCCACAACCACCUCAGCCACUUCCAGCUCGCACAGAAACACUGGCAAAAGAAAGGGCCGCGAGAGGCAUGCUGAGAAACUGGAGUCCCAUGACACAAGCAAGGAGGCGGACAACGGUGGAGCAGCAGCAGCAGCAGGGGGUGGAGGUGGAGGAGGAGGAGGAGGAGGAGGAGUUGGAAGCAACAACAGGGAGGGCAGAAAGAAUCAGAAAGAUAAUAGUCUUCCUCUUGGAGGUGGGGUCAAAUCCCAAAGCCAGGGUCAAGAUCCCCUUGACAACCAGCUUUCCCUUAGCACUGAGCUCCUCAAGUCAGAUUCCGACAACAAUAACAGCGACGACUGUGGCAACAUCCUGCCGUCCGACAUCAUGGAGUUUGUCCUCAACACGCCCUCCAUGUCCAUGCAGGCUUUGGGCCAACAACCCGAGCCCUCCUCCUCAGAGCUCUUGGGCUACGUCGACGUUGACGUAAAUCGGCGCAAGGACAUCCUGUUCGAUGACUUCUCCCAGCCUCUCGCCAGCGGUGACGGUGGCAGCGCCGUUGAGAGCGGUGUGAGCAGCUCAAUAUCUGUAGAAGAGCCCUACGGUCUUCCUCUGGCGUUACCCUCCGACCUCUCUGUCCUGACCACCCGCCCCUCUGUCAGCAGCGGCCAAAACCACACCGCUGGAAGUCUCAUCUCAGAAACCGCCGACCGCACAAUGCUGGGCUUGGCUGCCGACCCAGAAGCCAUUAGUGGGGAGAAGAGUGCUGAGAAGAAGAGAAAGGGGUCCAGUGUGUCGCCAUCGCAGAACCAGCAUGACGGCAAAGCGCUGUCCACGAGGGAUACUCCGCUGGCAGAAGAGCAUGACACUCCUGAACAGUUCAUUCCCAGCCCUGCUCUUGGCCAAGUGGUGGAGUCCCCGGGGACCCAGGACCUAGCUAGAAACUCUGCUACCCCGGGUCUGCCUAGCUCCCCCUCUUUGCCUCAUCAAGGCCAGACAUACAUCACUGCCUCCUCCUCGGCUUCAGCGGGCAGCCCUGGCCCGAUCCACGGCCCAGGCCCUUCCCAGGCUCAGGUGGCCGGUCCAGCGGUCCUUAAACAAGGCCCUGAAAAGCUAAUCUUGGUCAACCAACAGUUCCAGCCGCUAUACGUUCUCCAGACUCUUCCAAAUGGUGUCCCCCAAAAGAUCAGUGCCACGGGAGUGAUGGACACCAGCACCUCCGCAGUAUUGAGCUCAAUGACCCUAACCACUGGGCUUAAUACUGGGCUUUCCUCAGCUUCUACAAUCUUCCCGGCAGGGGGAAAAGUCUUGGGCACCAUGUCCCACCACCCACAGAUCCACACCUUCACAGGAACGCAGACAGGCUUUCAGACUGGCAUCCCCAGCACAACCUCAGGGCUCCUCAUUGGAGUGUCAUCCAAGCCCCACGACCAGUCCCAGAUUCUUGUGUCAGACGCUGGCCGGCCUCGUGAAUUGGGUCCUUUAGUGUCUAGCGCCUCUUCCAUGGCCUCUUCCCCAGCUUUGUUGGCCUCUGCACAUGGCAAGAAGCGACCGAUUUCCCGUCUGCAGCCAAGAAAGACCAAAAAGCUAGCUCGGUCCCGCGGUCAGCCAACUCUGGCACCAUCUGAAGUGGGCACUCCAAACAUGACCCUUAUCAACCUGUCUGGCUCUCAAAUCACUGCUGGCAUUCCUGGUCCGCCCGGAGGACUAGUUGAGUUCACCACCUCCCAACGCAAGGUCCCCAACAUCAUCAAGAGGCCCAAACAAGGCGGGGUUAUGUACUUUGAGCCUAUCCUUCAGCACAGAAUUCCCAUUUCUGCUGGUGGCCAGGCUGGUAUGCGUCAUGACUCCACUCACCUCUUGCCCUGCACAGUCUCUAGUCUUAACUCCAAUCAGUCUGUUUUAAAUGUUGUGUCGGUUGCUCCCAGUGGAGCGACUGGCCUCAUCGCUCCAGGAUCUGUGUCUCUCACGACCCCGGUCCUCGGUGCCACCGAGCUCACCGGGUCGAUCGGCAACCUCCUCUUUAAGGCCGGGCCCCACGGCCUAGGCUUGUCUGAUCAGCCCAUGGUGCUUCAGCCAGCAGGAGGAACCCCCCUGAUGUCCCACAUGGGCUCCACUGUCCAGACCUGCAUUGCCAGUAGCAUCUGUGUCCUGCCCACCCCGCAGACGUUCAGCAUGGCCGUCACACAACCGGGGGAGAAGGACAGCAUUGUCGGUCAGCUGCAGCACCUACACCGUCUACCCCACCACAGAGCCCAGACCAUGGAGACCAGUCAGAACACCGGCCCCCUAGCCUGUGUGACCCGAGCCCCGGGACAAGUCACCACAGUGGGGUCAUCUACGGGCAUGGUCGGGGUGUUCACUCACACCAAGGCUCCCGGACACUCUCCGGGCUCCAGAUCUACUACCUUGGAACAAAUGCAGCGUUCCAACGCUGUUGCAUCGUCCACACUCAACGUCUGUGGAGCGGGGAAAGGCAAGCAGAAGGCCAAGAGAAGCAGGCAGAGCCCCGACAAAUCUAGUGGGAAGAAACCCAAGACCUUGCAGAAGAAGGAGCCGUACAACAACCCUGAAAGACGACCAUCCGCAAACCUGGGAUCCAAAGAGUUUAGUUCAUCUGGGCCUAUGGACACGGCAACACCCACAGACAAGCCACCCAACAAGAGUGUCCCCGAUCCAAAGUCUUCUGAAACAUGUGCCCUGACGGGGAGAGCCGUGGAGAAGGACAAGGCCCCAGGGGGGGGCUCUGGGGCCCCGGGCCCCCCCCUGGUGGCCUCGCUGCCAGAGCAGGAAGGCGAUGCAGAGGACUCUGUCCUAGACAGUAAGCCUAAGAAGGGCAUCAUCUUUGAAAUCCGCAGUGAGGACGGCUUCCACAUCCGCUGUGAGAGUAUCGAAGAGGCUUGGAAAUCCCUGACUGAUAAAGUACAGCAAGCUCGCUCCAACGCCCGACUCAAAGAGCUGUCUUUCGAAGGCGUCAACGGUCUGAGGAUGCUGGGCGUGGUGCACGAGGCGGUGGUCUUCCUGCUGGAGCAGCUCUGCGGCGCCAGACACUGCCGCAGCUACCGCUUCCGCUUCCACAAGCCCGGGGACACCACCGCGCCCCCGGCCAACCCCCACGGGGCAGCGCGCGCAGAGACCCACCACAGGAGGUCUGCAUUCGACGUAUUCAACUUCCUGGCCUCCAAACACCGCCAGCCACCUCGGUACCGGCCACAGGAAGAGGAAGAGGAUCUCACGAUGGCCAGGCGUCUGUCCUUGGAGCUCCCCCUGGCCGUUAGGUUCAACCAGCUUAAAACAACAUCCAAGGAGACCGUUGGGGUUUACAGAUCUCCCAUCCACGGUCGCGGGCUGUUCUGCAAGAGAACCAUUGAGGCCGGAGAGAUGGUGAUUGAGUACUCCGGGAACGUCAUCCGCUCCGUGCUCACAGACAGGCGGGAAAGGUUCUACGAGGGCAAGGGCAUGGGCUGCUACAUGUUCCGCAUCGACGACCACGAGGUGGUGGACGCCACGGUGCACGGCAACGCCGCUCGCUUCAUCAACCACGCCUGUGAGCCCAACUGCCACUCGCGCGUGGUCGCCGUGGACGGCAGGAAGCACAUCGUCAUCCUGGCCUCGCGCCGCGUCCGCCCCGGCGAGGAGCUCACCUACGACUACAAGUUCCCCGUGGAGGACGCCGGCAGCAAGCUGCCCUGCAACUGCGGCGCCAAGAGGUGUCGCAGGUUCCUCAACUGAUGAUGAUGAUGAUGAUUUGGCGCCCGGCCCGGCUUCAGUAAGGGCCCCGGCUGUUAAGGACCCGAGCAGCAGCACUGGCUCCAGAGAGGAGUGUGCCGCCAGAAGUGGAGGAAGGAGUUUGUUCCUGAUGACUCUUGCCGUUGGUUGAAGGGGCUGUUGGAUAUGAGCAAGACGACAAUGAUUGUGCCUCCUUUAUGAUUAACUUGACAUCAUUGAAAAUCUCAACUUUUCUCUGUAGUGGAAUUUAUAACAAUAGCCCCAUUUCUUUCCUUUGCUAAUUUGGCCAGUUCUUAAUUUCACCAGAAAGGUUGGGCCUCAUCAGAUAGGAUAACCUUACUUUGAACCCCAAUGCUGGAGAGCUUAGAGGUUCCAAUAGAAAGUCAAACAACAAACCGUGAACGGAAAGGAUCGAUUUUACACCAAAGUGCAAUUGUUGAAGGGCCUUAGGGACUUGGAAAGGAAUAUUCAGACUCUGUCUCUGUGUGUGUGUGUGUGUGUGUGUCUGUGUGUGUGUGUGUGUGUGUGUGUGUGUGUGUGUGUGUGUGUGUGUGUGUGUGUGUGUGUGUGUGUGUGUGUGUGUGUGUGUGUGUGUGUGUGUGUGUGUGUGUGUGUGUGUGUGUGUGUGUGUGUGUGUGUCCUGAAGCCUUCAGAGCUGUGGGGAUGUGUCACCAAUCCCAUACCCACCCAGACUCUGGUCUGGAGGAAAAGUCUGUAAAUAGCAGGAUGCCCAGGAGCAUGUCUUGGGAAGCCUGCAUGUACAGGUUGCAAUAGCAGAGGGGCAAUGGUCAUAGGAAGAAACUGAGGUAAAGGAGGCACCUCUGAAGAAAAAAGUGUUAGUUCAGUUUCUUUGUUUUUGUUUUGUUUGCUUAAGAAUAACUUACCAGUGUAUUUCAGCCAGAGUUUGUUAGUCGUACUAGGACUAGGUAGCUAGGUAGAGCUGGUCUUAAUGUUUGGAAGCUUCUGGCCUUGAGGAAGCUAGGCAGCUGGAGAUACUGGUGGACUGACUGCCAAGGGACUAGGGAACCUUAGAGUUGUGCUCAAAGGGGUCCCGUUAUGGGUCUAGUCGGUCUCCCCGCUGGGGCCGUCGCCAGGUAUUGUUAGACGUAGUACUGCAGGUUCAAGUGUGCUGUCGCUAUUAAGCUCAAGUCUUUGGAAGUUAAGGUUAUUUUGGAUUUCUAAUGACGUUCCAAAUUACAGCAGCAGAGAGAAACCAAACAUCAGCCCCUUGAAUUGAAUUCCCAUCGAGGUAUUUUUCCCUUCUUUUUAGCCAAUUGUUAUAAACUUUAAAAACUUUUUUUAUUUGUAUGGUAUUAAGUCUUUUAAAUUUCUUGUUUGUUAUCUGUCUUUCUUAAUUAUGGACAGGGAAAUAUCAUGCUUGCUUUUAAAAAGAAAUGUAAAUAAUGUAUAUUUUUCUACAGAAAAAGACUAAAAAAGCACUCACUAGUGAAUAGCACUUAAUGAUGGUAUUUAUAUUUUUUAAGAGAUUGUAUUUAUUUUAUUGCCAUUUUUGUAGGAAAUAGAGGUUUACAAACACUAAUGCUUGGUCUCUACGUUUUGUAUUCUGCUGCCUUUUCGAAGUUGUGUUCUUGUUUUCUUUUUCUUUCCCAAAUUGAUUUUAAUUAUUUUGAUUGUUUAAGUUGUAGCCUGAAUGUUGUCUUUAAUUCCAAAGACUGCCGUUGGUCUGUGGCUUGGUUCCGUUGAGUGCAGUCCACCAGUAGCUCUCUAUCCAAGGCCAUUUCGGUCGGGGCUGUGUUUUAUUCUUUUCUAUUCUAAUUCUCUAUGUUCCAAUUGUAGAGGGCAGUUCUGUUAAUAUGCACUCGAGAGGGAGACUUUAAAUUAUUGGUCCGUAUUAAAUAGGUGAAUAUCUCCUCUCUCCCGCCUUAAUGUCAACACCCAGCGUUACGCUCUGACAACAAGACCAACCUAAAAACAAUAAUGCUUUUCCCUGGCUGGAUAGGCUACACUGGUCAGAUCCACAUCUGUUCACAACUCAACGGUUUCCUAUAGAUUGUGGUCCCGUCUGCAGGCCCAGUUUAUAAUGAAGAGGUGCCUUCAUGUUAUUGAUGCAACGCAAAUAAAGAAAAGCAUAAGUCAUAUCUCCAGCCAAUUCAAACCACUUUGCACAGUGCAUGUACAAGUGAAAUCAGUAAUUUGUGUUUUGCCUUAGUUGUUUAAAGGGUAUUUUUUUUUUUUCUUCAUGUUUCGCUGGAUAAACUAAACCUAUUGUUACUCGGCUGCUGAUUUAUUUUUAUUUUGCUAUCCUGGAGCCAACAUGCCAACGCGGCCAGUGAUUGUUCCCCGUUGGAUUUGCAUAUUUACCUGGUUGACCGCAGACCAUUACUGGAGUUCAGCCAGCCCCCUCCCUCCUGAGCGUCCCCUCAUAGAAACAUUACGGACAGAACAGUUACACUUGCAGCAGAAGCGGAGCGUUUCACGUAGAAAGUCAAAACUAUAACGGUCAUUUCUGAGGGCUCCACCUCUGCACGUUUGUUAUGAUCGAGGCACUGAAUUACACAUAGGACGAUACUUCUCAUCCCUCCCGCUUAAGACCAAGCUGUUUUUUUUCAACCCCAGCCGUAGGCCCCCCCUAGCAAAGAGGAAAAACUUAAUGUGGGAUAGGUCUUGACGGGGCCUGUGAACGUGGCAUUCAGGCCCCUAGCGAAGUGCACUUGACUCCCACUCCCCACCCAGCUAAGGCAGGGGCCGCGGUGUACGUCUAGCAGCCGUGCAGUGCAUAUCAGUCAGGCUGUGGUCCCCCACCGGCCAGGAGCAGUCAACAUCAACUCUCACCGGGUGGUGUGAAUCAUGUUUCUGCAUCAGCAUUGUGCUUGCUGGGUUCUGCUGCUAAGAUACAACAAAAAAACAAAAACCUGAAUGUAUUAUCCUCCUGAGCAACAUCUGAGUUGUGGCGAUCCCUUCUGUGGGCUCCAUUUGUUCCACGGAGAGAGACGUUGUGUUAUCUGUGAAACAUGGCGGUCUGGGAAGCUAUGACAUGAACCCGUAGCGGGGAGGCGGCGAUGGUUUACGUUUUGUUUGUUUAAUUUAACCACUGGGGAUGUACUGACAUGACAGGUACAUCACGACGGCAUUUCUACCUACUCGUACCAACCGGUUUUUACUGAAUGAGGGAAUAUGGUCAUUCAUACGUGUAUUUGCGGUGAGGGGGUUGCUAAUGCUAAGGGCUCUGUCUGUCCUUGGGUCUCCGCUUCAAACGCUUGACCAGUAAACCAGUAAAUAAUAACUAGCAACUAUAGCAUCUGUUUCCGUGUUCCUUAAUAAGCAGCUAUACAGUAAGUCAACAGCCUCUGUUGCAUCCUUGUCUUCAUUUUACCACGCCACACCAGUGGCUCUUCACCCACAUCAUCUGUAAUUAUACUAUAUAUAACAAUGAUAAUAUACAAAAUCAUGCAUAGUAAUUUCUUGUGCUUUAGUAUCUAUACAAUAUAUGGAAUGGACAGACAAACUUAGUUACAGUAGCAAAUCAUCAGAUUUAUGGUUAUUAGCAAUGUUUCAAUGUACUCUAUAAUGGUUUUUGUGUUACAGUAUACCUGAAUGAGACUAACAGUCGUCAAUCUUGUAUAGUGAUAUCAGUACCAAUUCUCCUGUGUCUGUGAAUGCACCUUCAACAUGAAAAAGGGGCUUUGCGGAUUAAAUUUCUUACUUUGCUUUUUAUUUUUCCGGAAAGGAACAAUAUUUAUGUGAUGAGAAAUGUAACUGUUAAUGUGGUUGUGUACUUCUUGAGGUCAACCAUGUUUGUUUUCUGAUUGUUGUAGUGACAGUUCUUUUUUUUUUUUUUUUGUCUUUUUAUUGUACAUUUUAUUUUUAACAGGGAUUUUGAAACUGCUUACUUGAUGUGUAUAAAUGGAGUCUGGUUAGUGGAGACCGACCAGUAAACGUAUGAAAUCCCAACCAAAAUGUUGCUUCAUUUUGGAAAACCCUUUGUGUCUCCCUUGCUGACUCCUUCCUCUGAAGCUUUGGUUGUACUUAUCAUGUACUAUUUUUAUAUAUAUAUUUUAUAUAUAUAUACAUAUAUAUAUGAUAAUACCAAGAUGAUAAUGUUGGUUAAAAAAAUACACUUACGUUAUUUAUUUUGAGCAACGGUCAACGAGCCAAAAUUGUUAUUUUUGCAAUCGACAUUUUGGAGCAGUUGGGCGAGUACUAAACAUUUGUUUGUAUUUUAACUUGUCAGCCUAGGAGGUAAUUUGGUGUCACACAGGAAGUGAAUAUUGGAUGAUACACAGGCUUGUUUUUAAUGCCUUGAAUAUACCUUUGUCUUAUCAACUUCCUCCUGCUCAUAAUAAUAAUAAUAAUAAUAUGACGGUCUUGUUUAUCAGUGUUCUCUCAAUACUCAUCACAGAAAUGAAGGAAAUUACAACAGUAAAAAAAAAAACUAAAACCACAAAUAGGGUUGAAUGUAAAAUUAGGAAGCAAAGUUGUAAAUACAUGUAAAAAGAAAAGUUUCUAAUCAUGUUUAUUUUCUAUGCACUUUUUUAUUUAAGUGAUAGUUUAAAUAAUAAACAUGUGUCCUUUACUCUUUA